AUGAGCUUGCAAGAAGAAGAAGCGGCGCGGAAAAUCCAGAAUUUCUGGCGCGAUUCGAUGCGGAAACGCGAGCGGAAGCUGGAGAAACGAAUUUAUGAGUGAGUUAUUUUGAAAUAGUUAGGUGAAGUAUUACGAGAUAUUUUUUAGGGAACAAAAAUCAAAAUUUUGAAAAAAAAAAUGCUUUUUUACUACGGUACGCAAUUAGUGUGCACUUGUGCGUCACGGUGUUUGCACUCCAAUUGUUCAUUGUUCGUUAGUUUUCAGCGUAUUUUCAGAAGUUUAGAGACAGUUUCAGAGAAUUUUGAAUAUAUCAUCUGAUUCGUCUUGUUGAGGUGAAAAAUAUGAGCUACUUAUUUUUUUCCUAAAACUCAUUUUGAGAAAAGUUAGGGGGCGAAAACUAGAUUUCACAAUUUUCCGCAUAAUUUUUCAUUUUUCAUAUUUUAAAAUUCCAAUUUCUAGCUCCGAAUGGUCUGCCAUCAUCGAAAAUUCAACCCGAAGAAACGACGAACUUCUAGAGAAGCUUCGAAAUCUGCGAAUCGCGAAAUCAUACGAUAUUCAAAAAUUCGAAACCCUAUUGAGAUUGCCGCCAAGAGAAGUCAAUGGAUUCAUGGAAUCGGAGUCGAAAAAAUCGGAAAAUGAAAGAAUCACUGAUGAAGAUCGAGAGAGAAUCAUGAGAAAUGAGGAGAAAAAAGAUCGAGCUGCGAGGACACUUCAGAAGUUUGUGAGUGAGAUUUUUUACAAACCUUUUUUUAAACUUGUUUCUGUAGUUCCGGAAGAUUCACCUAACUUCUGCACAAUCUCAAUAUCUUACUCGAAUUCAACGAAUCCGCCCGAAGCGUCGAAUGGAAGUUCUAGAAAUGUUGAACAAGCGGUUGAAUGAGAGAAGAAUACAGAAGAAGAUUACUGGGACGGAGGUGCAAAAAGCGCUGGAGAAUCACAAGGAAAAACAGAGGGGAGUUGGAAGUUUGAAGUUUGCGCAAGUUCAAUUGGAUUUGAGAAGAAGUUUGGCGCAAACUAGACCCAGUGAGUUGAUUUUCGAAAAUGAAGAUAGUUGAACAUCGACACCGCGCCCAGGGUGAGGCAUAUGCACGGCGCCAAUAAAAAUUUACGGGAAUAUACCUCGCCAAUUUGAGAUUUUCUUGAAAAACAGCAAAUUUUUGCUUGUUUUCCCGUUAAAAAGUGGUAUUUUUCAGUCAAGAACGUUGUUUUCACCUCGCCAAAAAAUUUCUAAACUCACACCGCCAAUUUUCAAAGUUAAUUUGCACGAAGCUGGGCGUGGUAUGCAUUGACUAAAUGACAUUUUCAGGUUUUUUAAGCAAAUGAGUUGAAAUAUUGGAUUUUAAUCGUAUUCAUAGGAUAGAAUGGUCUAAGACGAACGGAAUCAUAUUAAUUUUGAUGACUUUACGUUAGCCAUAAGUGAUUUAGCGAGGUUUAGUCGAUAUAUAUGUCAAUAAGGCAAAUCGAUCGGCUAAACGUCGCUAAAUCACUCAUGGAUAACGUAAAGUCUUAAAAAUUUAUAUCAUUCUGUUCGUCUUAGACCAUUCUAUCAUAUCAAUACGAUUAAAAUCCAAUAUUUCAACUCACUUGCUAAAUAAAACAUGGAAAUGCCAUAUAGUCAAUGUCCAACUAUACGCCAGCCACAUUUUUCAACAUUUUUCAACUGUGAGAAAAUCACUUGAACUUUAAAAAUCCUCACUUCCAGACUCCCCAACCGCUCGCGGAAUUCCGCGCCUAACCCGCAUCAGGGCCACCAAACUUCACAACUCAAAAAUGCACCAAAUCGAUCUCGACAUUAUGAAGUUUGUGCUUGACGGCAACUUCUAA